CUGGCAGUGUCCGAUGGACAUGUCGACUCUGCUGGCCAGCCCUGUAAAGACGACAUAUAAUACCUCUCCAUGCCUCCCACCCCUCGAGUUGUAUCCAUUACCUAUCCAACGACGGCAUCUAGCUCUCGUAGUUACUCUUCUCUACCAAGCAUUAACGUCAAAUCUCAAUCAUGGGCGAAGCAGAUCAAAUCGGCCCUAACAUAGGCCCUAAACAAACUCUGGCCGACCGAGCAAAUCGUGUCCGCAAAGCAUUCUUCACCAAGGAAGGCCUUAUUGGCAACUAUGACUAUGCUUUCCUCUUCCGACCAAACAUCCCCUUUCUCAAAAAGGCUCGACGCGCCAGCCCUUUCUUCGGCCUCCACGAUAGUAUGCCGGUGUUUCUGGCUCUACUUUUAGGGUUUCAGCACGCUCUCGCCAUGUUGGCAGGCGUUAUGACCCCUCCCAUCAUUCUCUCUGGACAAGGCGGUGUCAAUCUCGAUACCGACUACCAGCAGUAUUUGGUGUCCACGUCUUUAAUCGUCUGUGGUAUCCUUUCGUCCAUCCAAAUCACCCGUUUCCAUAUUUGGAAGACUCCUUAUUUCAUCGGCACAGGAUUGAUUUCCGUGGUUGGAACAUCUUUUGCCAUUAUUCCCGUCGCCACCGGUGCCUUCAAUCAGAUGUAUGCCAAUGGGUUUUGCCAACUUGCUGAAGACGGCACUCGUCUCCCCUGCCCAGAUGCAUAUGGCGCCCUCAUUGGAACCUGCGCAAUCUGUGCGUUGACCGAAGUUGCCAUUGCUUUCAUGCCACCUAAGCUUCUCAAGAAAAUUUUCCCACCCAUUGUCACUGGACCAACCGUCAUGCUGAUCGGAGUCCACCUCAUCGAGACUGGAUUUAUGAAUUGGGCUGGUGGAAAUGGCCUCUGUGCCGCCAAACCGGAUGACGGCUUUUUCCGACUGUGUCCUAACAUCGCUGCUCCUCACGCGCUCGUCUGGGGUAGUGCUGAGUUCAUCGGGCUUGGAUUCCUCGUCUUUGUCACGAUUAUACUCUGUGAAAGAUUUGGUUCUCCAAUCAUGAAGUCCACCAGUGUCAUCCUCGGCCUGCUUACAGGCUGUAUCGUUGCUGCCGCCACUGGCUACUUUGACGACUCGGGAAUCACCAGUGCUCCUGUGGCUUCCUUCAUUUGGGUCAAGACCUUCCAUCUGUCACUCUACGGCCCUCUGGUCUUGCCCAUCAUGACAGUAUUUAUCAUCUGUGCCUGCGAAGCUGUUGGUGAUGUCACCGCAACUUGCGAUGUCUCCCGUCUUGAAGUUUCGGGUCCUGAGUUUGAGUCUCGCAUCCAGGGUGGUGUAUUGGCAGAUGGCCUUAAUGGCAUGAUCGCUGCCCUCUGUAAGCGCCUUCAAAACACCGAUCAGUCUGGCUGUCGCUAACACAACUAUCACAGGUACUAUUACCCCAAUGUCAACAUUUGCCCAGAAUAACGGUGUGAUUGCACUGACUCGCUGCGCAAAUCGAAAAGCUGGAUACUGCUGUUGCUGUAAGUCGAGGUCCAGGCGACUGAGUCAUGAAUGACGCUGACCUGAUUCCAGUUUUCCUGAUUGUCAUGGGACUAUUUGCCAAAUUUUCCGCAGCUCUAGUUGCUAUUCCGAGUCCUGUCUUGGGAGGAAUGACAACCUUCCUCUUCUGUGCCGUCGCCGUGUCUGGUAUGGCCAUUGUCAACCGAGUACCAUUCAACCGACGCACUCGAUUCAUCCUAACUGCGUCGCUGGCGAUUGGCUACGGUGCCACAUUGGUGCCUACCUGGUUCGACGGUGUUUUCACUUAUUCGGGUGAUAACCACUCCCUGCGAGGGUUUUAUGAUGCCAUCACCCUUGUCAUGGAGACUGGUUUUGCGAUUACGGCAUUCAUCUCUAUGAUCCUCAACCUGAUUCUACCCGAGGAGUUUGAAGAUACCCCAGAGAAUGUCGAAGACGAUCGCGCUGCAACUCCCGAGUCCAAUGAACCAAUCACAAAGUCUGAGGUCGUCCCGCCAUCCAAGGAGACCGUAUAGAUCGAGUGUGGUCGAUGAUGUGGGUUCGACCAAACAAGCGGUAUUACAACUAGGUAUAAUAUGAUGAUAAACAUCUCUGUUAAAUCAUCACUGUCAUCAACGGUACUCCAUAGAUUUGAAAAUUGAUCGUCCUAUGCUAG